AUGGCCCCUAAACGUCGUACCCGUAAGACCACCAAGGAUGUCUAUGCAAAUGUCGCUGUGGAAGAACGUACUAAACUUGGUGUGGAAGCCAAAGAACGUGGAAAUACCGCUUUUGCUUCAGGUGAUCACGCGACGGCGAUUAAAGAAUUCACAACGGCCAUUGCAUACGAACCUACCAACGUGAUUUACUAUUCCAAUCGUUCAGCUGCUUAUUUGUCAGCUGGUCAAGCAACUCCGUCCAUGCAAGAUGCCAAGUCAUGCAUUGAAUUGGAUCCCAAGUUUGCCAAAGGUUAUGCACGUCUUGGAGCUGCUCAUUUCUACAUUAAGAACUAUGCAAAGGCAAUUACUGCUUAUACUCAAGGACUGACAGUUGAAAAGGGGAACAAGGCUCUGCAAGCUGGUCUUACACAAGCUCAAGCUGCUCAGCAAGUGCAGGAUGAAGAAAUUAGUGGCGUUGAAAUGGAUGAAGCAACGCGUAAAAUGAAGCGUAUGGAGAUUGAAGAGAAGAUUAACAAAGCUCGAAAAGAGCGGGAAGAACGAGCUAAGAGAGCGGAGAAGGGCUUCUCGGAGGUUAUUGGUAUUGAUCUUGGUACUACGUACUCUUGUGUGGGUGUGUGGAAAGAUGGUCAGGUGGAGAUCAUAGCCAAUAGUGAGGGAAACCGUACGACCCCUUCAUGGGUUGCAUUUAAUGAAAGUGAACGUCUCAUUGGUGAAGCAGCUAAGAUUCAAGCAGCUGGUAAUGCUACGAACACGGUGUUUGAUGCGAAACGUAUCAUUGGACGUAGCUUUAGUGAUGAAGUGGUCAAGAAAGAUGCAAAACACUUUCCAUUUACCAUUAAGGAAGGAGACGAUGAUAAGGUCCUGAUUGAGGUUGAGUUCAAGGGAGAAAAGAAGAGUUUUACUCCUGAAGAGAUCUCGUCGAUGGUGCUACUACGUAUGAAGGAAACAGCAGAAGCUUUUCUUGGUCAGACCAUCUCACAGGCUGUUGUUACUGUACCUGCUUAUUUCAAUGACCAACAGCGUCAAUCUACCAAAGAUGCUGGUUCUAUUGCUGGUCUGGAUGUCAAACGGAUCAUUAAUGAACCGACGGCUGCUGCCCUUGCCUAUGGUCUAGACACGAACGCUGGCACGGACGGAAAGGUGUGCAAUGUGCUGAUUUUUGACUUGGGUGGUGGUACCUUUGAUGUAUCAAUCCUUUCGAUCGAAAAUGGUAUCUUUGAGGUCAAGUCUACGGGUGGUGACACGCACUUGGGUGGUGAGGACUUUGACAACAACAUGGUGGAGCACCUUUUGACCGAGUUUAAGCGCAAGAACCGCAACAUGGACCCAUCUAGCUCGGCCCGUGCCAUGCGCCGUCUACGCACGGCUUGCGAGUCGGCUAAGCGCAUGUUGUCGACCACGACGAGUGCAUCGGUGGAGGUGGACUCGCUGUUCGAAGGAGUAGACUUUUCAUCCACAGUGACUCGAGCCAAGUUUGAGUCGCUCAACGAGGAGCUGUUCAAGCGCUGCGAGGAGACGGUGCUGAAGGUGCUCGAGGAUGCUAAGAUGAAACCUGAGGACGUGACCGAGCUGGUGCUGGUCGGUGGUUCUACCCGUAUCCCCAAGGUGCAAAACAUGUUGUCUGCACUGUUUGGCGGUAAGGAGCUGUCCAAAUCGAUCAACCCGGAUGAAGCCGUGGCCUACGGUGCCGCCGUGCAGGGUGCUAUCUUGGACGGUAUCCGCAACGACGCCACCAACUCGUUGCUGCUGGUAGACGUGACACCGCUGUCGCUCGGUAUUGAGACGGUGGGCAAGGUCAUGUCAGUUCUCAUUAAGCGUAACACGGCUAUUCCCGUGCGCAAGACGCGUGUAUACACGACGGAAGAAGAUUACCAGACGUCUGUGGACGUGUGUAUCUAUGAGGGUGAGCGCGCGUGCGUUGAGUCGAACAACAAGCUGGGUGAAUUCAAUAUCUCUGGCUUAGAGCGCGCCAAGCGUGGCGAGCCUCAGGUCGAGGUGACGUUCGAGAUUGACGCCAACGGCAUCCUGAACGUGUCCGCCCGUGACAAGAAGACGGGCGCCAAGGCCGAGACUACCAUCUCGAACAACCGUGGCCGGCUAAGCCAGGAGGACAUCGACCGCAUGGUCGCCGAAGCCGACAAAUUCAAGAAGGACGACGCCGAGAUGCUGCGCCGCAUUGAAGCUCGCAAUGACCUCGAGCAGUUCAUUUACCGUGCUAUUGAGAUGGCUCGUGAAAAGGGCGACACCAAUGUCGAAAGUGCCAUCCGCGAUGCUCGCGACUGGCUCGAGGACCACGAAGAGGCCACGCUCCGUGAGCUCGAGGACAAGAAGCGUAUGCUCGAGCGUAUGGUCCGCUUCUAA